AUGCGACUUAACCCCACAAAAUGCGCCUUCGGUGUCACCUCCGGGAAAUUCCUCGAGUUCAUCAUACACGAAAGAGGGAUUGAUGCCAACCCGGUGAAGGUCCAGGCAAUCAUCGACAUGCAAUCACCCCGGACGAUCAAAGACCUGCAGCGACUUAACGGAAGGCUUGUUGCCAUGUCUCGCUUUCUCGCCCGGUCGGGCGAUCGCUGCCUCCCCUUCUUUAGGGCGCUCAAAAACCCGAAAAGCUUCCAGUGGACGACGGAGUGCGAGGAAGCUUUCAAACAAACGAAACAACACUUGGCCAACCUCCCCCGACUCGCCUCUGUUUCUCCCGGGGAAAAGCUAGGCCUCUACCUAGCGGCCUCCCCCCAUGCAGUCAGUUCCGUCCUGAUCAAAGAAAGCUCUGGCGAACAACUUCUGAUCUACUAUGUCAGCCACAUCCUAAGCGGACCCGGGGGGCGUUACCCGCCGAUAGAGAAACUCGCGCUUGCCCUGGUGCUGUCAGCUCGGAAGUUGCACCCCUACUUCCAGGCCCACCCGGUGGAGGUCAUCACCGACCAACCCCUUCGGCAGGCCCAGGCGGUAGCCGACUUCAUCACGGAGCUAACUCAGGUGGCAGAUGGGGAUCUCAAGCAACCUCCCGAGGCUUGGAUCCUACACGUGGACGGCUCGGCCAGCUCAAAGGGUGCUGGCGCGGGACUGGUUCUUCUUGCCCCCGACGAUCGCUUGUUCGAGCGCUCCCUCCGCUUCGGGUUUAAAGCCACUAACAACGAAGCGGAAUAUGAGGCGCUCCUAGCAGGACUCAAGUUGGCCCUCGAGAUGCAGGUGGCUGCUAUACACGUCCUCACUGACUCGCAGCUUGUGGUCGAGCAGCUCAGCGGUGGAUACGAGGCUCGGGACCCAACCAUGGCGAAAUACCUGGCACGGGUAAGGGACCUGGCUGCUAAGUUCCCUUAUUUCACAUUGUCCAAUGUUCCAAGGGAGGAGAACGAGCGGGCCGAUGCGCUGGCUAAGCUGGCGUCGAAACCGACCUACGAAGCAUGGCCAGAGGUCGAGGAGCUUCCUGCCCGCCCCAUCGAAGUAGCGACUACAGUCCCCGGUAGUGCGCCGAUCACAUGGGUGCAGGAGCUGCUACGCUUCAAGCAGGAUGGGACCCUUCCCCACGAUGAAGUUGCGGCUCGGCGUCUGCGUCGUACACACGCGUGGUACACUGAAGAGAGUGGCCGGCUUUAUAGGCGGUCCUUCACCUACCCCCUCCUACGAUGCUUGGAACCCGACGAGGCCCAGACGGUCCUGGCCGAGAUCCACGAGGGAGUCUGCGAAGAACACAACGACGGGCGAACCUUGGCACACAAAAUACUUCGCCAUGGUUACUACUGGCCGACCAUGUGCCGGGACACGAAAGCUUAA